CCAUCAUACGGAGUACGAAGAAAUAUUCUAGGAUCGCGUAUCUUUCCUUUUGCUUCAUUUUCUGCAAUAAUCACUGUUUAAUUUAAUUGACCUUUCUUCUGCUUAAAAAAUUCCGAUUAUCAAAUCCGCCAUUUUUAUCUUCUCUCUUUACUACUCUUCUUCUUCCUUACGAUGAACUUCUGCAACAAUCUCCAUCUCCAGUUGCAGAUAUGAGCUUCUGGAAAGGGUUAAUCGAUUCAUUGAAUUCGGUAUUCUCAAAUUCUGAUCCUUUGUAUGAUUCAAACUGUAACGGAAACCCUAAUUCUUCAAUUAAUCGAACGGGGGGAACCAUGGAAGUAGGUGUAGAUGGGAGUAAGGUUUCGAAUGAGAGAACUGCUGGUAAAUUGAAAGGCUACUUUGAUUUGGCGACGGGAGAGAUUGAUAAGGCUGUUAGAGCUGAAGAAUGGGGUUUAGUUGAUGAUGCAAUUUUGCACUAUAGAAAUGCUCAGCGUAUACUUGCUGAAGGUGCUUCCACACGGCCUCCGUCGUUUAUUUCGCCGAGUGAACAACAGAAAGUUAAUUCCUACCAUCAGAAGAUAUCAAAGUGGCAGGGACACGUUUCUGAAAGAUUACAAAUCUUGAGUGCAAGAAUAGGUAGCAAAACCACCGGCAAGAUUACUUCUUCACAUCCGCAAGCUGCUAAGGGCUUCUCAAAACCAUCAACUUUAAUAAAAACUGUUCCACAGAGGCCAUCAAUUGUUACAAAAAGCAGUUCACUAGCUAGAGAUCGAACGCAUAAAUCUGGAGCAUCUAAAUCAAACCAAGACACUGGUGGUUAUGAUGCAAAAUUAGUUGAGAUGAUAAACACAGUAGUUGUGGAUAAAAGUCCUUCUGUCAAAUGGGAAGAUGUAGCUGGUCUUGAUAAAGCAAAGCAAACUUUGUUUGAAAUGGUUAUCCUGCCCACCAAAAGAAAAGAUUUAUUUACUGGCCUUAGGAGGCCCCCCCGAGGUCUGCUUCUUUUUGGUCCACCUGGCAAUGGGAAAACAAUGCUUGCUAAAGCAGUUGCUUCGGAGUGUAAUGCAACGUUUUUUAAUGUGUCUGCGUCUACCUUAACAUCUAAGUGGGUUGGUGAAGGUGAAAAGCUUGUCCGGACCCUCUUCAUGGUUGCUAUCUCGAGGCAGCCUUCUGUAAUUUUUAUGGAUGAGAUUGAUAGCAUGAUGUCUACAAGAGAGGCUAAUGAACAUGAUGCCAGCCGAAGGUUGAAGUCAGAGUUCCUUGUUCAAUUUGAUGGUGUUACCUCAAAUCCUGAUGAUCUAGUGAUAGUAAUUGGUGCGACUAAUAAACCGCAAGAACUCGAUGAUGCAGUUCUGAGGAGAUUGGUCAAGAGAAUAUACAUUCCAUUGCCUGAUCAAAAUGUCAGGCGGCUUAUACUUAAUCAAAAAUUGAAGGGUCAAGCAUUUUCCUUGCCUGGCCAAGAUUUAGAAAGGCUUGUGAGAGAAACAGAGGGAUACUCCGGAAGUGACCUGCAAGCCUUGUGUGAAGAAGCUGCCAUGAUGCCAAUAAGAGAACUUGGUCCAAACAUACUCACAGUCAAGGCUAAUCAGGUCAGACCUUUGAGAUAUGAAGACUUUCAAAAUGCUAUGACUGUGAUUAGACCAAGCUUAUCAAAGAGCCGAUGGGAGGAGCUUGAACGGUGGAACAAAGAGUUUGGAUCCAGCUAACCCUCAUUUAAUUUGGUUAAAUUGUAUUUUGCUGCCGAGCUUGAUCCAACUGAAGGUUUAGCUGUGGGUUGAGAUAGGGAAGAACAUAAGAUUGGAUUCUUUCUUUGUUUUGUUGACUGUUUAUGUACAUCUUGUAAAUGAAUACACUUUACUGAUUAAAACGAAGUACAUAAGAAAAUAGGUUGUAGGAGGUUGGCUGUUAUUGAGCAUAUUUGGUCCAUAUUUCUAUUUCCAACAUGUUGUAGGAGGUUGGCUGUAACAUCUUGAAAGUUGUAUAAUUGAAUUAAUGAAUCUAUAACUCGAUAUUAUUAAGCAUAUUUGGUCCAUAUUUCUAUUUCCAA